UACCAUUUAUUAUUGAGAUUCUCUAGAGUUGGAGCCUAUAAAUGUAUCCAUCACCAUAGUUUUAUCAAUCAAUGAAUAAAGAAAAUACUUUCUCCUAAACCUUAAUCUCUCUCUUUCUCGCCUCUUUUGUUCUUGGAGCUCGAAGGUGCUCGAAAUCCUUCCCUAUCCCGAUACGAUACCGUAUCAAUUGGUGCUCUCAUUCUUGAACUCGCCCAAAAAAUACAAAAAAAAAAUCUACGGCACACGCCAUGGAUUCUCUGUUGGACAAAGUUCUUGGUUUACUCGAGAAAGUUAUACGGGGACAAAUUGAAUUUUAUGAAGGCGUGUGUGCAGUUGAAGAUUCCGUGGAUGAAAUUAUAAAGAAACUUCAGGCAUUCCGUCCAAUUGAAGGUCAACCAAAAUUUGAUUCCGAGGUAUAUGCGUUCUCUGUAGAGGCUUUUUGCUCAAUACAAGAUUUAGUUCGUGGUCUCCCAAUUAUGCCAAGCCUUAUUCCUAUAGAGUUAUACAUUUUGAAAACAAUCAUGAUGCGCUCUAUUAAGAAACUCAUUAGCACUCCACGAGAUUCGGCCCUUCAUGUACCUGUGCAAAACACAACUUUGCAGGACCAGGAAUUUAAAAAGGAAAUUUUUAUUGAUCCUGUUGGUGUUCCUGAUGAUGAUCUUAUGAUAGAUCUCAUAGAUGUUAUUCCUGUUGCCGUUGUUGAUGUUGUUGAUGUUUCUGGUGAUGAUCAACGAGACCACACUAUCCAAGCAAAAUAUUCAAGCGAUGGUAUUAUUUUUUAUGGAUGCACGGAAACAUUUGGGAUGUCAGAAAGUGACGUUGUUGUCCUUUAUGAUUCUAGGAAUGUCACGCGUGCGGGCAAGAUUUUCUUCUCAUUGGUUCUCUGGAGUUGUUUGCUAGGAGUUGUGAAUGCUUUGAGCUUGGCCGAAUCGUUUGAUGCUCCAUUCAUAAAGCCCCUGGGCUCCUCGGUUUACCUCCAGCAAAGAGAUUUGCUCCUUAAGUUCAUCCAAGAAACCACAGCAGCCCGCUCUCCGGCGCCUCAAACGGGGCCGGAGGCGAAGAAAAAGGUGUACAGAGGGGUGAGACAGAGGCACUGGGGGAAGUGGGUCGCCGAGAUCCGCCUCCCCCAGAACCGAAUGAGAGUCUGGCUGGGGACCUACGAAAGCCCCGAGGCCGCCGCGUAUGCCUACGACACCGCCUCGUAUAAGCUCCGCGGCGAGUACGCUCGCCUGAACUUCCCCCACCUCCGCCACCACCCCGACGGCCUCUCCGCCGCCAACCCUAAGCUCGCCGCCGUCCGGAAUGCCGUGGAUGAGAAAAUCCGCGCCAUUCGCCAGAAGGUGAAGGAGAAGAAGAAGAAUAUGGUGGCGGCGAAGGUCGUCGUCGAUUCCGUUGUUCGCGUUCUCGAGUCGUCGGCGGCGGCAGCGGAGUCGCCUUCGUCUUCCUCGUCGUCGUUCGCGGGGAACGGCAGUUGGAGCGGCGGUUUGAUUUCUCCGAGUGUUUCUGAUGAUGGGUUUUGGAGGAGCGAAGCAUCGCCGCCGUCCUCCGUCUCCGAUGAGCUCCUGCCGGCGCCGGCUGACCCUGAGCUAGAAGGUUGUUCCCUUUCGAGGAUGCCUUCCUUCGAUCCAGAAUUGAUAUGGGAAGUUCUGGCCAACUAAGACCCACGGAUUAUUUGUUUUUUUUCGUACUUUAAUCAAGAGUUUGUCUUGUU